CGCACUUAAUCAUUCACUAAUUAGCACAGUUAUAGCAAAACAAAAACUUACCAUGAAACUACAAUCAUUUUUCUUCUUCCUAACAUUUUUCUUUCUUACAAUAUCUUCAUCAUCAAUACCAUCAAAUUAUCUCCGUCGAGGCUCAUCCAUAUCUGUGGAAGAUGCUUCUUCAAACUUCCUAACUUCCCCCGACAAAACUUUCACUUGUGGGUUCUAUACUUUUAAUGUCUCAACCAUUGCCUACUUUUUCUCGAUUUGGUUCACAAAUUCUAAGGAAAAAACUAUUGUUUGGACUGCUAAUCGAGAAAAACCAGUCAAUGGUCGAGGCUCCAAACUAACUCUUCGAGGAGAUGAUGGUGCAUUGGUCUUAUCUGACCUCGAUGGAUCAAUUGUCUGGGAAACUACCACUUCUUCAACAGAUGUUUACAAAUCUGAGCUUCUUGACUCAGGUAAUCUUGUACUUAAAGAUCGAAAUGGUAAAGUCUUUUGGCAAAGCUUUGAUUUUCCUACAAAUACUUUGCUCCCUAAUCAACCUUUUACCAAGAACAAAAAAUUAGUUUCAUGGCAUUCUUCACUAAACAUUGCUUCAGGGUAUUAUAGUUUCUUUUUUGAUAACGACAAUGCUUUAAAACUAACCUAUGAUGGUCCCGAAAUUUCGAGUAUAUAUUGGCCAAAUCUUGACAAUGAUCUCUAUCAGAAUGGAAGAACAAACUAUAAUAGUAGUAGGGUUGCAAGUUUUGAUGAAUUAGGCUCGUUUGUUUCGAGUGAUUUUUUAGUUUUUAGAAGUUCUGAUUCGGGUUUGAGGACUAAAAGAAGGUUAACAAUGGAUUAUGAUGGGAAUUUGAGGCUUUAUAGCUUAGAUAGUACUUCAGGGUUCUGGACUAUAACAUGGCAGGCUAUUGCUAAACUAUGCAAUGUACAUGGUCUUUGUGGUAGGAAUGGGAUUUGUAUAUAUACACCUAAGCCAAGAUGUUCUUGCCCUCCUUAUUUCGAGCCCUUGGAUUCAAGUGAUUGGAGUAGAGGAUGCAAGCCUAAGUUUAAUCGAUCUGGCUCCAAAUCUAGAUUCAUCGAGGUACCUCAUGCAGACUAUUACGGAUUCGAUCUCAAUGCUACUCAAAACAUUUCGUUUAAGGAUUGUAGAAAACUUUGCUUAGGGGAUUUUCGUUGUCAAGCAUUCAAGCAUAUUAUGAAGGGAUCAAUCAAAUGCUUCACAAAAGGCGCUCUUUUUAAUGGAUACCCGGCUAAGACUAGCAUGUACAUGAGGAUACCAGUAAUGAGAGCACAAAACUCUAAACCUAAACCAGCUAUCUUUAAUGUGUCGAGUUUGGAUUGCCUAGGAAAGAACCCAAAACUUGUAGCAUUACCCAACACGUUUUAUGAUCUGUCGAAGCAUCGAUUCAAAUGGGUUUAUGUAUACUCGUUUGUUGGUGUGAUUGGAGUUAUAGAAGUACUAGUUUUCUUUGCAAGUUGGUGUUUUCUUUUUAGGAAAAAUAGUAUUUCAGCUUCUUUAGAGGAAGGUUAUCGAACUAUUUUGAGUCAAUAUAGGAGCUUUAGCUAUAGUGAGCUAAAAAAUGCAACAGAAAAAUUCAAGCAAGUUCUUGGAAAAGGCGGAUAUGGAACCGUUUAUAAGGGUGUUUUGGGUGAUACUAGAGAAAUCGCGGUGAAGAGAUUGGAGAAUAUAGUUCAAGGAGAGGAAGAAUUUUGGGCUGAAGUGAGCACAUUUGGUAGGAUUAAUCACAUGAACUUAGCUAGAAUGUGGGGGUUUUGUUCUGAAAAGAAACACAAACUUUUGGUGUAUGAGUAUGUAAAAAAUGGUUCUUUAGACAAACAUUUGUUUUCAAAUUCUAAUAGUUUUGUUCUUAAAUGGGAAAAGAGGUUCAAUAUUGCAUUAGGCACAGCGAAAGGUUUAGCUUACCUUCAUCAUGAAUGCCUAGAAUGGGUUAUUCAUUGCGAUGUAAAGCCUGAAAACAUACUCUUAGAUGAAGAUUUUGAACCUAAAAUCUCGGAUUUUGGCCUAGCAAAGUUAUGCCAACGAGGUUGUAAUGGUUUAUCCGAGAUGUCACAAAUCAGAGGGACGAAAGGGUAUAUGGCUCCUGAGUGGACAACAAAUCUUCCUCUUACUGCGAAGAUUGAUGUCUAUAGCUUUGGAGUCGUAAUCUUGGAGCUUGUGAGAGGAAAACGACUUUCGAGUUGCUUAGUAGAUGAUGAUAAUCCUGAAGACAUGAUGGAGCUAAAAAAAUUAGCGAGAUUUGUGAAGGGAAAGAUGCAAGAUGGAGAUGAGUCGUGGAUUGAGGGAUUCGUGGAUUCGAGACUUGAAGGAAUGUUUAGCAAGAAUCAAGCUGCUAAAAUGGUGGAGAUUGGGUUUUCAUGCGUUGAAGAGGAUAGGAAUAAGAGGCCAACAAUGGAACAUGUUGCCCAACUUCUCACUGAAUGUAAAGAUGAAACGAUUAAUGUUGUGCACAUUCUUUAGACUGCACCCUAUUUUGCAGCAAUUUGCUUAUAUGCUCUUUAUGUAACGUUCAUUUACUUCAUGUAUACAUAUAUCAAUAAUAGCCUUGAGCAAAUCUUGGUUUGGUCCGGUAAUUAAAGACUUAAUUUAACUCUUAUGAUGGUAGUUCGACUUACUUACUGUCUACAAGGAAGAUUAAUUCCUCUUUUCCUUUCUUAUAGUGAUUCUCGAGC